AUAGGGUAUCAUCAAAGCAUGCCAAACCUGCUUAACGUCAGAGAGUGAUUUGCUAGUGGUGAAGCAUAGAAGGAAACAGUAAUACUCUGGACAUUCUGCUGCAAUGGUCUUCCUCGCCGUUCUCGCUAUCCUGGCUGUGUCCGUUGGCUCUGGCCUCGGAUAUGAGUGUGAUAGGGCAGCCUCUGUUUGUGAAACGACUUUAGUGAUCGAAAAAAGAUUGACGAUGAUGCGCGAUGUUGAGGAGCAAGUUUACCCUUAUAACGGCAAAAUCUACAAAUACGACGUAGUUGAUCCAUCAAAAGCUACUCCCAUCCCUACUGAUGAAGUUAUGACAGCUGACGGCUGGGAGGAAAAUAGACUCGUCGUUGUCGCCAAUGAAACUCUUUCCGGUCCCCCGAUCAUUGUGUACAAGGGACAACGCUUGAUAAUCCAUGUCAUUAAUAUGCUUUAUUCGGACACAUUGACAAUUCACUGGCAUGGGCUUCACCAGAGCGGAACACCGUGGAUGGAUGGUGUCCCAUUUGUCACACAGUGUCCAAUCCUCUCCGGCCAGAAGUUCACGUAUGACUUCACACUCGACCAAACAGGAACCUACUGGUAUCAUUCUCAUGUAGGCAAUCAGCGUACCAAGGGAAUCAACGGAGCUCUGGUGAUACGAGAACGGGACCAAACAAUGAAGGAACAUAUCAUGACAGUUCAGGACUGGAACCAUUUCUGGGGUGCCGAUAUGGAUCACCUUAAGUUGAAGUAUGGCGAUUUCUGGAACCGAGUACCCGAGGAAACAAGAACAUCUGUCGAUGGUGGUUUCUUCGAUCCAUUCUAUGCUACCUCUGUUCUGAUAAACGGAAGAGGUAGAUACUACACAAACACAACGACAGGAGAAAACAAUGGCGCUCCACUGUCAGUGUUUUCCGUAGUUCGAGGAGAAGCAUAUAGAUUUAGGGUUAUAAAUGUUGGAGCAAUAUAUCCCAUUAGAGUAUCAGUAGACAAUCACCCUCUAACACUUGUCGCAUCAGAUGGUUACGAUGUCAAACCUGUGGAUGCAGAAUCAUUCAUAAUCAAUCCAGGGGAAAGAUACGACUUUAUUUUAACAGCAAACCAGAGUGCUACAAACUACUGGAUACGGGCAGAAACACUUGAAACUAAAUUGCAUAGGGUAGAAGCUAUUCUUCGCUACAGUGGAGCACCAGAAGCAGAACCCACCACGUCCAAGCGACCUUGCACACCGACAGAAAGAUGCCUGGUUGUCAACUGCCCAUUUUCAAGUUAUCCAUUAGGUGAACACACCGACUGCCUCCGAUUUGAUCAUCUCAGGUCAGCUGUGGACGACGACCCGGCGCCAGAGCCAACAUCUGCUGAUACAUUUAAAGAACAUUAUCUGAAUUUUGCUCUACCAACGGAAAUAUCCUCAAUUAAUGGAAUCGAGUUCGAAGAUCCCCCUGUUUCAGCUUUGACACAGCCAUACGAGAUCGAGACGUCUUGCGACAAAGUAGACUGUGGCGAGGACAAAACUUGUAAGUGUACUCAUUCACUGACCACUAAACACAACGACGUCGUACAACUUGUAUUGAUGAAUAUGGGCAUAGGUACAGGUGAUGCGCACCCAGUUCACCUCCAUGGCUAUUCUUUCUACGUACUGAAAAUGGGGUAUGCUACCUACAACAAGACGACCGCAAAAUAUAUAUCUCGGAACAUGGACAUAGAUUGUAGAGGUGGUGGAGAAGCAACCAGCUAUUGUAAUAACGCCACUUGGAGUAAUCCAAACUGGCAGGGAAACAAUGUUCCUGGCUUGGAACUGAAAAACCCUCCUCGAAAGGAUACACUGAUCGUCCCUAGCGGUGGAUACGCUAUAAUACGGAUCAAGGCCGAUAAUCCUGGAGUUUGGAUCAUGCACUGUCACAUCCAGUAUCAUGCAACGCUUGGUAUGAAAAUGCUAUUGAACAGCUCGUAUCCAUUACAUCCAUCACCACCAGUGGGCUUUCCAGUUUGCCACGACUUCCCACCAUCACCCUUCCGGGAGAACCUCUAUAGCUGUCAUCCUACCACAAAAGUUCCUCAUCAAACCGUUACUGAUGUCCAUCGACCGACGACAACCUUGGAACCAUUCGGAGGUGAAGGUCCAAUUGUAGGUCGAAGACGCCGGGGAUCUAGGAACGCAUAUAUACCUGCACCAGAACUCCCAGAAUCUCAAAGGAAUAAUCAGUGAGAAGCAUAGGUCCCUAACCUGAGGAGACCGGUGAAAGGCGAAAUGCAGGAUUCUUUUUCUUUAUUCAAAUAAUGACAGAAAUGCAUACUGUGUGUGUGUUAUUCAGUGAUUUAGCGACAAAGAAAACAAUACAUCAUUAUUCGACAUUUGUUUCCAACGGGCAAAAAGACAGAAAUUACAUGUCUGAAUAUCGACUGUUUUGUAGUAAUCAAUGUAACUUUACAAAAUUAAAUUUCAAUCUUGCUUAUGCUUG